GGUGCUGCAGGUGACAGUGUCGGGCCUUUGACGUGUCCAGGUGUGUUCCUGCCAGCGGACAUGGGGCUGGUUUACUCUGAGCCGGCCUGUCAGUCAGCGUAUGACGGAGACCUCCAUCAGCUGUAUCACGUCCUCAUAGAGGACGCUAACCAGCUGAAUGUCCAGGAGAAGCACAGCGGGGACACGCCCCUCAUCGCCGCCUGUCGGAAAGGACACGUGAGGACGGUCCAGUACCUGCUGGAGAACGGGGCGGAUGUUCACCUGACCAAUCAGAAACAGAGGACGUGUCUUCAUUAUGUGUCCCGGAGGACGUUCUCUCUGCUGGAUUACCUCAUGAUCACCAUUCUCAUGCCCAUCCUGCUGCUUGGGUACUUCAUCAUGCUCCAGAAACAGAGGCAGAAUGUGUCUCUGAUGGCGGCCGUGCUGAGCAGCAACGUCAACAUCGAUGCCGUCGACUACAAAGGAAACACUGCUCUUCAUUACGUCUGUCAGAGGAAGAGUCAUCGUCUGGUUCCUCUGCUGCUGGAGAAAAACGCUGACACCAACAUCCAAAAUAACGACGGAGAGACACCGCUGGACAUCGCCACCAGGCUGAGGUUCAAGAAGAUUGUCAACAUGCUGAGGAAGACACAGUGACAGACAGACAGACAGACCGACAGACCGACAGACAGGAGGACAUUUAGUCUGUAACUGAGUCUCAGUGUUGUGUGAAAAAAAUCUUUCAUUGCAGGAAGAAAAAAUGUUGACUUGUCUCGACCGUUUAUUUACCGAAUAUGAAUAAAUCUAUAAAUCAGUAACUGAUAAUUCAGAGUUCGAUCCUCAAGCAGGAAAUGUCAGACUGCUCUUCUGAUGAAAAACACACUUUUAUUUUGACAGUCCUAAAUUACCAAAAACAAAGAACUGAAGUUUGGAGUUCAGUUACCUGAGUUAAGAAGAAGGAAGUUCUUCUUUCCAAACAACAACAGUCUCUAAAGGGGACUGUUCUUUACUUCGAGGGAGGUGCAGAAAGGUAAACAACUGUAAAUGGCUGUAGUUUGCCUUCCAAAACAUGUUUGAAAGGCAUGUCUCCUUUAAAAAAAAUUGACUUUUUUUUGGCAAUUAAAAAAAAAAAAAAAAGGUAAACAUGCCUUUCAAGCCCGCCUCAGGUUGGCAAGACAUGUUUUCUUUAAAAAACAUGCUUAAUUUUUUUUUCUUUUAACUUUAUUUUGCAUCUUUUGUUUGUUUGUUUAUGUUGUGUUGUUUUGUUUAUUUUUGGAAAUUUUAUUUCUUGAAAAGUUUUGGAUUUUUUUUUUUUUUUUUUUUUUUAAAGAAAAAUAUGCCUUCCAAACCCACCUCAACCCAACCCAAUUUUUUGUUGUUGGAAUUGUUGUUGUUUGUUCUUUUUAUUAUUAUUUUGUAUUUUUUAAGCACUUGGGGAGGGACGUAUGUUUUUUAUUUUGGCUCAGAGGAGUGGCAUACUGAUUUAAAUGUCUGUAGUUUGUAUUUAUUUCACUGCUAAUUUUUACAGAAAACAUGCUGGUGUGCGGUUUGCAGGCAUGUUUUCUGUAAAAAUCACCAAAAUUACACCAUGAAUCACAACCAGAAACUGUACAAACAGAAAUUAAUGUUGGAUUUUCAAAUUUCAAAAAAAAGAACAUAUCUUAAAACAGGGUUAGUGAUAUUGCAUCAGAAUCACUUUAUUGUAUGUCUCAUUUGAAAUUCGUCUAAAAAUAAAGUGUUUGAAUGACAAGUGAAAAACUGAGACCUUUUCUACUUUAAACUUUCAAACAUUAAAAGUCUAUAAAAUCAUUUAUGGUGGAGGGAGGGUCAAAAUAAAAACAGCCUCUGAUAAAUACAGAACAGUCCCUAAUCUUUUUUUUUUUUUUUUUGUGAAACCAGGAUGAAAUAUUCUGAUUAAUUUAUUCACUCGCUGUAAGAAAGUAAAGCUUUUCAGACUCAGUUAAAAACAGACAGAAUUUAAGCAGAUGGAGAUUUUUGUAAAGUCGUCUUCAGUUUAUUGUUACUGAACGUUUUUAAUAUGAUCAGAUGUUUUUGAUGUUGUUUUUUUCAUUUCAUUUAAAGUGAAUUCUGACUACUGAA